AUGGGGUGCACUUCUGCUAAAUAACACAAAAGUACCUGCGAAUUAAAGGGUUAGAUCUAAAAUGAACUUUUAACAAAGUCUAAAAGAAUAAAUUAAAUAAUCUCUACUGUCUAAAAGCUCGCUAUUAAAAUUUAAAAUAUCUAUGCAACCGUGAUAAUUCAAAAUAAUUAAAUUCCUGCAGAUUAUGCGUGCUUAGAGCCAGUCUUAUUCUUAAAAGCUAUUAAAUAAAAUAAUCUUUUAAGUGAUGAUGAAAUUGAAUAAAUAGUAUUUAAAUUUAGAGUAAUAUUUUAAAAAAUGAGAAUUCUAAUAGAUGAAAUAUCAUUUAUCUUAUUCUAUGAUAAUUAAAAUAAUAUUAUCCCUAAAUAAAAAAAAUUCAUAUUAUUCGAGAUAAUCAUGCUUUACGAUACUACUAGUGUUAAAUUUUUUGAGCAUUAUAAAGCCACAAGUAUAAAGCUUUGA